GUUUUCGGCUGGUGGUGGCGCCGGGCAUCGAUUCCAUGAACCCCCAGGCGGCGAUCUUGAUCAGAGACUCGCUACGGUUCAGAUCGGUCCGCCCUUUUGGGCCUAGAAUCGCUGCCGCUGAGCUCAUGGGGCCCUCGGGGUCUACAGUGGUCAUCUCAGCCUACAUUCGUCACACUUCGGGGGAGGGUCUGGACGAUCUUCGACGGGCUGUGGCCUGGGCUAAGGGACGAUCCCCUCGCCUGGUGAUUGGUAUGGACGCCAAUGGUCACAGCCCGUUCUGGGGGCCGGAGGACAUUCCCUCCAACGCGGUGGGGCGUGCUCUGGAGGAGCUGAUCCUGGAGCACAACCUGGAGGUGGCCAACGAUCUGGAUGCCCCUCCGUCCUUCGUCUCUGAUCGAAGGGCCAAAUCUUGGAUUGAUGUUACCCUGACCACUCGCAGCACGGCCAUGGGUUUAGCUGACUGGCGGGUGGACCAGGACUUUUUUUCUGGCUCGGAUCACCGCGCCAUUCGCUUUUCUGUGGCCCAUUCCCCUGCCAACAACCAGACCUUCCGAUGCAAGGACUGGGACAAGGUGGAUUGGCUGCAAUUCCGCGCAGCGGUGGCCUUGGAGUGCAGGGCGCGGGGGAUUCUGCGGGGUCAUAAUCAUGACUCUGGCUGGAAUGGGAGGCUGGCGACGACGUCUCGCGAAGAAGCUGAACGGAUGAUGACGACUCUCACCGAAGUGCUGCAAGGGGCCAUCGACGCACUUGUGCCUGUCAAGAGGAUUUGCUGGGCGUCCAAGCCCUGGUGGAGCCCUCAUCUCACUGAACUUCGCCGGCACAUGAAGCACCUUCGGAAUAGAGCUGACCGACUUGACACGGAUCAUGAUAGGGGGCUGUUCCGCCGCGCUCGCAAGGAGUUCACUCAGGAGGUCAAGAAGGCGAAGGCGGCAGCGUGGAGACGGUUCUGUGAGUCCGUCAACCAUGAGGACAUGUGGCCAGCGCUACAGAGGAUCCUCAAGCCUCGCAGGCGGAUUCAGGUGGCGGAUCUUCAGACGGGUGAGGAGCAGUGGGCGGUUGAGGACACAGCUAAGGCCAGCGUGCUCAAGGCGCGCUUCUUUCCUGAGGCCCCGUCUUCCCAGGAGUUUUGUGACCUGACUGAGACCAGGAGACGGGAGGUGGACUCCUGGCUGGCGGAAGAGUGGGAGGCAUUCCCUGCUAUCCAGGAGUUGGAGGUCCGGAGGCGAAUCCUGGAGAUGAGGGCGAUCAGUGCACCGGGGGCAGAUGGCAUUUUGGCCAAAUGCCUUCAGGAGUGCAGCGACAGCGUCACCCCG